AUACUUAGCAAUUAGCAUAGCUAGAUUAAUAUUACUUAAACACGUACAACCCUUCGAUCUUAAGUAUACUAAUGCUAAUUAACCAUGGCAACACCAGCAAUGUCUUCAAUUGUGCAGCAACAAGCUGAUCCAGAAGCUGUUCCAAUUACAAGCACUACUAGUGCAUGGAAAUCCUCAGGUUCUGUUGGUCCGUUCUUUGCUGUGAUGUGCGUGCUUAUAAUUCUGGCUGUUCUUUCGUGCUAUUUGGGUCGCAAGUGGAAUCCAAGGCCCAAAACCCCAUUGGAGAGUAUCAGAGGAAGAGGCUUUCUUGGGUGGCUAAAGCGUGUGUUUAGGGAACGUAUUGCCAAAGAUGUUGAAGUUGGAGGCGUUGGGGCCAAGGUUAUGGUUUGUGACCAUGAGGAUGGUGAUCAUUGUAAGGUCCAAGAUGGUGAGGUUGCUCAAGUUUGAUGAUAUGUUGCUAGUUGUCAGUAUAUUUUUAAGAUAUUUGUUUGAAUCAAUGAGGAUUUUUUUUGUGGGAAAUGAUAAUAUUAUUAACAUGCAUUUGGGAGUUUAGUUUGAAAAACAUUGCUAGCUGUUAGAUGGAGGUAUUUAUUUAACUUAGAUAACUUAUAACUCCAAUAUUGGAUCCGUGUGCUUCUUUUAUUGAAGAAUAUUUAAUAAAUUAAAGCAAGAAGGUCUAAUUCAUUUAGAUGAACACAAUAAUGUUUAGUUGAGUCACUAUGUAGAUUAUGUUCAUAGAUAAAAAUAAAUGAAAUUGAGAAUAGUAAUUUUUGACCAAUAUGUGAUAUGUAUAUAUA